AUGGUUUCAUCGACCUUCUUCAUGUUGUUGAUGAUGCUCAUCGUUGUCACAGCGUCCGAUGACUCGAGCAUCGCUGAUCUAGUCCGAGAUUACCGCCUGCUGCAAGCUCGAGUAGCCGACUUGGAAGAGUCCUCUAGAGGCCUUCAGACGGUCACUAACGAUGGUCUUGCUGCCUCUACCAACACCAUUUGGCUCAUCGUCUGCGGUGCAUUGGUUAUGUUCAUGCAGGCCGGGUUCGCUUCUCUUGAAGCUGGUGCCGUUAGAGUUUAUAACGUGCAGAACAUUCUCCUAAAGAACCUCAUAGACGUCUGUGUUGGUACUCUCUUCUGGUGGGCUUUUGGUUUUGCUAUUGCCUACGGCUAUGGUGAAUCACAUGGUUUCUUUGGGCGUGGCCUCACUUCCUGGCCUGCUGAUGGUAGCAACGUGCCAGUUGCUGGUGAAUACGCCCUUAAGGAUUGGUUCUUCCAAUGGGCUUUCUCGGCUACUGCAGCGACUAUCGUUUCAGGAGGUGUAGCUGAACGUGUCAAUUCUGUGAGCUACUUCGUGUACUCGGCGAUCAUGACGGGGUUCAUUUAUCCUUUUAUUGUGGCCUGGGGUUGGAGUGGCGAGUUCUGGCUCACCAACGACUUCGAUUCACCGUACUUCGACUUUGCCGGUAGCGGUAUAAUCCACCUUACUGGUGGCACCGGUGCUCUUGUAGGCGCUUUUAUAUUGGGUCCUCGUAAGGGAAGGUUUGAUCCUAGAGUUGAUCAAGCUAUUUUCGAUCCCCAUUCGAUCCCUCUAAUCGUCAUCGGCGUCUUUAUAUUGUGGUUUGGCUGGUUUGGUUUCAAUGCUGGCUCGACACUAACCAUGAGUGAUGCCGCUACUGCACAUACUGCCGCUCUAGCCGCUGUUAACACUGUCCUCUCUGGUGCCUCUGGUGGAUUUACUCUAUUUAUCAUUCGUUUUGGUAUUCUUCCUAGUCACAAAUUCGACGUUGCCGCAGUGUGUAACGGCAUCUUAGCCGGUCUGGUCUCGAUCACUGCUAGCUGUGCUAUCGUCAUUCCUGGUAGCGCUAUUAUCAUUGGAGCCAUCGGUGGUAUUUUCUACCAGUGUGCCGCUGUAGGCAUUCGUUAUUUGAAGAUUGACGAUCCUCUAGAUGCUUUCCCUAUCCACGGUGUUUGCGGAACGUGGGGCGUCCUGGCUGUCCCCUUCUUCGACUUCGCGAAGGGUAUGAGUUCUAUGAGUUUCGCCCCAAAUGUUGGUGCUGGUUACCAGUUUGGUAUUCAACUGCUCGCUGUGGUGGCCAUCAUGGCUUAUGUCGGCGGUUGCAGUAUCAUCGUAUUUGGUGUGAUGAGAUUCCUCAAGAUUUUCCGUGUUCAUGAAGACCACGAAGUGAGAGGAUAUGAUUUGUCUGCGCAUAACCCUCAUGCGGCGUACCAGUUGGACGGAAAGCAUGCCAGGUCGCCGUCCACUGAUGAGGGUACCAGGCCGCAAGCGGCUGAGAGUCUACCUGGGAUCCAGAUGGUCGGCGGAAAUUAG